GCACAUUGUGAAUCUUCCCCUCGUUAUCGGGUAUUCGCGUGGCAGCAUCUCUAAUCGCAUUCUUCCCAGCUGCCCGUGUGUGUCGCUGGCUUCACCUAACUUUUUUUUCCAAUUUUUAAUUUCUUAUCAGUCACCUUUGAUCCUUUCCCAAGGGGCAUCCACCCAUCAUGCCGCCCCCUCCGCAUAUUAAGCCUGAGAAUGUCCUCAAGAGGGCCCAGGAACUCAUCGCCGUCGGUCAGGCUCCCGCCGCCUUGACUGUCCUCCACGAACAUGUCACCUCCAAGCGCACACGUAGCAGCCCCAUCGCCUCCCUCGAGCCGGUGAUGCUCCUGUUCGUUGAGCUGUCUGUCGACCUUCGCAAGGGCAAGGCCGCCAAGGAUGGUCUUUACCAGUACAAGAACAUCGCUCAGAACACCAAUGUCGGCACUAUCGAGGAUUUCUUCCAUCUGCAGAUUGUUCUCAAGAAGUUUAUCGAACUCGCCGAGCAGAAGGUCACCGAGGCUCAGGCCAAGGCCGACGAGAUCCAGUCGACCCUCGAGUCCACCGCUCCUUCCUCCAGCGUUGAGGAUUUGGAGGCCAUCGAGACCCCCGAGACCAUCCUACUUGCAACUGUCUCCGGUGAGCAGUCUCGCGACCGUACCGACCGCGCCGUCGUCACCCCUUGGCUCAAGUUCCUGUGGGAGACCUACCGCACCGUCCUCGAGAUCUUGAAGAACAAUGCUCGUCUCGAGAUCAUGUACCAGUCGACUGCCCUGCAGGCCUUCAAGUUCUGCCAGAAGUACGCCCGCAAGACCGAGUUCCGCCGCCUGUGUGAGCUCCUGCGCAACCACGUCCAGAAUGCUGCCAAGUACUCUUCGCAGAUGCACGCCAUCAACCUGAGCGACGCCGACACCCUGCAGCGUCACCUCGACACUCGCUUCCAGCAGUUGAACGUUGCCGUUGAGUUGGAGUUGUGGCAGGAGGCUUUCCGCAGUAUUGAGGAUAUCCACACUCUGUUGAACCUCAGCAAGCGCCCCGCCAAGAACAUUAUGAUGGCCAACUACUACGAGAAGCUCGCCCGCAUUUUCCUUGUUAGCGAGAACUACCUCUUCCACGCCGCCGCUUACAACCGUUACUACAACCUUCUGCGUCUUUCUUCCGUGGCCCUGGCCAGCGGCCAGAGCUCCAAGAAGGAGAACCCCUCGGUCACCGAGCUCGAGAUGACCAAGGCCGCGUCCUUCGUCCUUCUCUCCGCUCUGUCCAUCCCCGUUAUCAGCACUUCCCGCUCCCGCGGCGCCCUGGUCGAUGUGGAUGAGGCUCGCAAGAACAAGAACACCCGUCUCACUAACCUUCUCGGUAUGGCCACCUCGCCCACCCGUACUGUGCUCUUCCGCGAUGCUCUGAACAAGGGCCUGCUCCGCCGUGUGCGCCCCGAGAUCCGCGAGCUGUACAACAUCCUCGAGGUUGACUUCCACCCUCUGUCCAUCUGCAAGAAGAUCACCCCCAUCCUGAAGCAGAUUGGUGCCGACCCCGAGAUGGAGAAGUACGUUGUGCCUUUGCAGCAGGUCAUUCUCACUCGUCUGUUCCAGCAGCUGUCCCAGGUUUACGAGUCCGUUGAGCUCAAGUUCGUCUACGAGCUUGCCCAGUUCCCCGCUCCCUUCCAGAUCACCCCUGCCAUGAUUGAGAAGUUCAUCAUGAACGGUUGCAAGAAGGGUGACCUCGCUAUUCGCGUUGAUCACAUCUCCGGCGUCCUGUCUUUCGACUCCGAUGUCUUCUCUUCCUCUAAGGCUACCCACGCCGGCAGCGGCGCUGGAUCUGCUGAGAGUGAGGCUGGCUCUGUCCAGCGUCUGCAGCACACUCCCGCCGAGAUCGCCCGUUUCCAGGUCGCUCGUCUCGCCAAGACUCUCCACGUCACCUGCAUGUACGUCGAUCCCUCCUACAACCAGGCUCGUCUCCAGGCCAAGCAGACCGCCCAGGCCCGCGCCAUUGCUGGUGUCACCCAGGAGCACGAGGAGACCCUCGCCCGUCGCGUUCUUAUCGAUAAGAAGAAGGAAGCCGCCACCGAUGCUCUGCAGCGCAAGCAGCGCGAGGAGGAGACCCGCAAGCGUGUCCGUGCCCAACAGCUCCAGGAUGCUGAGAAGCAGCGUCUGGCCGAUGAGCAGCGUGACCGUGAGCUCAAGCGUAUUAAGGAUGAGCAGGAUCGCAUUCGCCAGGAGGAGCUCAAGAAGCAGCUCGAGGAGCUCAAGACUGGUGUUAAGGGUAUUGACGUCAGCGAGAUCGACCUUGACGAGCUUGAUGCCAACCGUCUGCGUGCCAUGAAGCUGGCUCAACUUGAGAAGGAGAAGAACGAGCUGAACGACCGUAUCCGUACCACUGCUAAGCGUAUCGACCACUUGGAGCGUGCCUUCCGUCGCGAGGAACUCAAGCACAUUUCUGCCGAUUACGAUGCCCAGAAGCAGCUCGACAAGGAGCUUUAUGAGAAGCAGAUCGCUGAGGAGCAGCGCGAGUCUAAGGAGAAACACACCGAGGCCGUUGCCCUCAAGCACCGUCUCGGUCGUCUGGUUCCCCAGUUCAGCAACUUCCGCAGAGAGGUUUCCGAGAAGCGCCACGAGGAGUUCGAGAAGCGUCGCAAGGCCGCCGAGCGCGAGUUCGAGGCUAAGAAGAACCAGCGUAUCAAGGAGGUCCGAGAGCGCCGCCGCCGCGAGAAGCAGGAGCGCGAGGAAGAGGAGGCUCGUCAGCAAGAGGAGAAGGAGCGUGCCGAGCGCGAGGAGCAGGAACGCAUCGCCCGCGAGGAGGAGCGCCGUCGUGUCUUGGCCGAGGAGAAGGCCAAGCGCGAUGAAGAGCGAUCUAAAAUGGAUGAGGUCGCUAUCAAGCAGCAACAACGCGAAGCCGAAGCCGAAGCUCGCCGUGCAGCCCGCAAGGGUGGAUUUGAAGAGCCAGUCGAACGAACCGCGCCCCGUCUCAAUGUCGCCCCACGUACCGGAGUCCCCUCCACCUGGAGAGAACGUCAAGCCGCCAAGGAAGCCGGUGGUGUCCCCGACGAGCCCACUCGUGAGCCCACUCGUGAGCCCGUCCAGCCCGCCCCUCUCCGCAAGGGUGGCUACGUUCCUCCUCACCUGCGCACCGGUGCCGGUGCCCCCAGCGCUGGAUCCGCACCCCCCCCCCCUGCUCCCCGCGAGCCCCGUGAAUCCCGCGAUACUCUGCCCCGUGAGGCCCCCACCGAGCGCUGGGCGCCCCGUCAACCCCGCGAAUCUUCUUCUCAGUCUCCUGCUCCCGCUUCGGAAUCCAAGCCCGCCGCCGGUGGCAAGUGGGUCCCUAAAUGGAAGCAGCAGCAGUAA